AAUGUUUGGCAUAUUAUAUCGCUUUAAAUGGUCACGGCUAAUACUAAAUUAUAUAGAGCUUUACUUUAAUAACUGCUGCAUACAUGGAUUUCGUUAUUUGGUGCUCACAGUGCUGCUAAUUUUAGAGCGACUGCUUUGGUUAAUACUGCUGGUAGUAUCGGUUUACUUCUGCAUUAUAUCCUGUUUAUCUUCUGUGGAUCGCUUUAAGCACAAGAGCACGCAUAUUGGCCUGGAGCGCAACUACUAUCACUGGAAUACCUCACUGCCCAGCAUAACUGUUUGCCCCAUGCAGCGCUUGAAUGAAAGUCUUUUCAGCAAAUAUUGUCGUCAGCAUGGCAUUAGAGAAAAGUUUAAAAUAGAGCUUUGGAACUUUUUGGAGAACUUGGCCAAUUCCACUUACUUUAACUUUGAUCGCAUACCAGUCUAUGACAGCAUAGAUAGCACGCUAGAUCAGCUAAACAUACACCCCGAGCAGUAUAUGGAACUGAUUUAUAAUCUUACCUUCGAUGGCACCUAUGAGCCAAUUGAAAGACAACGCAUACAUUGUACUGAUGGACAGAUUCAUAUAGGAGUUAGACAGGUGCUCACCGAAUAUGGCAUAUGCUAUUUAAGUAAUUCCUAUUUGAGCGAGGAAUAUAGCUCGCGUUAUUUUAUAUUUGGGCUGUAUCCGGAGUAUAACAAAUAUUUGCAUGCAAAUCGUUUUGUGCAAGUUAAAAUUGGCACAUUUUUUGAAAAGGAUGUGGGCUUUACUAUAAUGGGCUUUGAUACAGAAGCAAUUGAUACCUAUAUGCAUUCACCUUUUGAGGUAAUGAAAGUGGAUAAUAAUUUUGGUUAUACAGUCGAGGGCACUUCGUAUGAACCCGAAAGCGAGGAAAUCACUGCUGAUGCAAAUUUAGAAAAGGAAGCUAGCAUUUCACAGCGAAAAUGUCGUUUCUAUCACGAGUCUAACCUGACACAUUUUCCUAUCUAUACGCGUAAUAUUUGCCAGCAGGAAUGUCGUCUCAAUUUGGCUUAUAAAAUUUGUCGCUGCAUUCCACACUUUUAUCCCAAUAACAUACGCAAUCCUAAACCUGUUUGCAACUAUAGAGUACUCAAAUCCUGCUUUCCUAAGCAUGCUAGUUUUUUUCUAAAACUUUACGAAGAAGAUAGUAAACAUGAAGAACCUGCUGCCUGCUAUUGUGAGCAAAACUGUCGCGAUGCUGUUAUCAAAACUAAACAGCCACAGGCUAUGCGUGGCACUAGGCAGCUGCUUGGCAGCUUGGGCAGUUCUUUAUUGGUAAAUAGCUGGCCACGCAAUCGACUAAAGCGGCAGGUUAUAUUUUCAUUUACAGAUCUUUUAGUUUCCAUUGGCGGCACUGCGGGUCUGUAUUUGGGUUUCAGUGUGCUAGGUCUGGUGGAAUUUAUUUAUUUCUUUACGUUGCGCUUAGUAUGGCAUAUGAUUGGCUAUAAAAUUUAAAUAUUUAUUCUAAA